CGAUAAAAGUUCAACAGAAUCUUUAGUUUAGAUGGUUAAAUUAACAAUUAUGUUAUUCGACAGACAGUGGUAAUAAUCCUUUAUUUGGAUGUAAUUGGUAUUAACACAACAGCGUUAGUGGGUCGGAUGGGAUGUAUUAUAGAUUUAUACUCUAAGUUAUGACCAGCAUUCCGUUCAAUUAGUUAAAUGGCAUCUGCUUAGAAGGCAGACUAUGAUGUCAGAUUCCUGGAUCUCAGAGCUGAGUGAUAACGGAACCUGGAAUUCUUUUCAACAUCAGGAAACAACAUUGAGUGCCCAGACAUGGUAUUUGUAUCUACCUUAUAAUCGUCAAGUGUUAACACAAGGGACCGUUAUCAUGAAACAACCUGUUUCUGUUAAUAGGAUGCGCCAAUAUCAAUUUUGUAUACAACCAAGUUAUAAAGCAAUCUGUGUCAAUGUUGGAUCCACGAAUAUUCUAUGAAUAAAUGGUUAUCUCAUACUAGGAUGUCGAUAUUUUUAAUAUAGUAAACAAACCGCCUUAUAACCAUGGAUACAACAAAGACGUCUAAACGCAUGCUUGCCAAUGCUUUUUUCGAAAUAAGAAAAUGGCGUGUAGUAGAGCCCACACAGCAGUCGAUCAUCCAAAAUGAAGUUAAACUAUGGAAGCGAGAAAUCCCCGUAAGGUCCGUAAUAUCGGAUUCUGAUUCGAAGUCAGAAAUAUCGCAGCUAACAAAUAGUUGUGCAUCAGUGUCAGCAGUGAGUAGCAGUAGUCGAUCAGUUUCGUCAUGUGAGGAAGGAGAAAUUACAGAAGACAAGACUACAAAAAUCCCAAAACAACCAGUAGUUGAUAUAAAAAAUGAUCCAGAACUCCGGAAGUACAUAACUGCAAUAAAGGCACAUAUAGGAAACUUGAAAAGGUUGUCACAAAUCAUAAGUACCACGGAUGCUAUUCCAGAUCUAUGUGCUAAAGGGCUAGACGUUAUCUUAGCAUGCCACCGAAAUGUGACAUUGCUCACCAAUUCGAGUGCUUCGUUUUUAUUCACAGAUAUAAAAAUAGAUAAAACGCCAAUUAUGGAGUGCUUCAGCGAACUUUAUGCGAAGCUUACGUCGAUGCAAGCAUUUAUCUUACGGUUGGACCACUUGACUAGUUUGCAAUUGUUGUCGCUUUGGGGGCCAUAUUGCAUCGAUAUGUUGUUUAUGAUGCUUCCUUUUUUAGUAUCGCAGUUUAAUGAUGAAAAGGAUCAAGAUGCCUUAGCAUGGUCAUUCCAAACAGUGGUUCAUACCACAAUAUUAAAGUGCUGCAGCUUCAUCGAUGACUACGAAGAUGAAGUCAAGUUAAUGGCAAUACAGACCCUUAGUAGCAUUAUGCAAAUACUGUUGCCGAUCAAUCUAGUACUGCAAACUGAAUCUAAAGAAAAACCCACAAGCGACUCCAAACUACAAGUACUAUAUUCAUUGCUUAUGCAUGAAAUAUAUGGAAUCACCACAACAGAAGAUAUAAAAGAAACUUUUAAGCCAGAGGUAUCACCUGCGAAGGACGUUGAUUCGCUGCCGCCAUUCAUCCCUGGAUACGUUUUAUCGCAUACACUAGGUAAAUGUAAUGACGACGUAGAAACAUCUAUGGUAAAGAAUACUAGACCUCAAGAAAUUGUCAGGAAUGUUGCUUGUAGAAUUGGGACUGUAGCAGCCUACUCAGGCUGCACUAAAAGAGUAUUUCCUACAGGGUAUGUACAUGCAUCGCAUUAUACACUAGAGGAUGUCACCAAGGUAAUGAUUGAAAACAAAUGGACUCCUAGAGUUGUACAUAACGGUGACCCCAAGCCUGAAGAUGGUGAUAGCCGUUUGUGGAAUAAGUCGAAGUAUUGGCUCCUGGCGAUGCUAGAGGAUGGCAAUGUUGCCAUCAGGAACAAAGCGCUGCAGAUUAUAAGGCAUCUAAUAGUUACCGUCAAGUUUACGGAGAAAGACCGCCAACACCUGUUAGCUUUAGUCACUGAUUGCAUCACCGACGCCGCCACAUUUGACAGUGCGAUGGGAGUUAUUGUUGCCGUGUCACAUAUACACCCACUUAAGGAUGGUGCGGUCAAAAGAUUAUGUAGUCUCACUCUCAAAGGAUGCGAUAUAAGUACGAGGGUCGCUAUGAUCGAUUUUCUGGGAAAGUGCCACUACACCACGAAGGGUAUCAAUAUGCUAAUGUCGAUACUGCAAACACUCUCUGACUAUUGGGUAGACGAUGGUAACAACCAAAAUGCAUCAUGGUCUCGAAGCUCAAUCACCUGUGCUGAGUCAGAGGCUAUAUUCUGCACCAGGGAGUGGCCAAUGAUAUUAAAAACGCUGGUGAAGCUAAGCGAGUCAAAUAACGCAAAACCGUCAAAUACUACGAACAAUGUGCCAAUUAGCACAUGUAACAUCUAUGGUUCCAAGUGGAUCUUGGCAAUUUGGAAGUACUUACAGCGUGAUGAAACAAGUCAGAUAGUUCCAUUAUACCGGACAGAAUGUGCAUUGAGGUUUCCAAAAAUAGUGCCUUUUUACUCUCUACCAACUGAAAUUGAUUUAAUGGUGGAUGCACUAAAAACUUUAACGUUAUUUGUUACAUUCGACAAGGGUGGAGCCAAUCAAGACAUCUUUUGCGGAGAAAAAAUGUUCAUGUAUAUGCAUAAGUACAGAUCUCGACAAACACUUUCUACAAUUAGCAAGUGCAUAUCGUCUACACAGGUCCCAGUAUCCCUCGACCAAAAGAGGCUUAACAAGAAGUGCCCUUGCGUGGAUUGUUCAAUGGAUAAACUCAUCAUGUCUUCAAAACGUAAGGAAGCUAUGGCAAUUGAGGAUGAAUAUGCUUGUAAAUUCCAGAAGAAAGGGGAUAUCAGCAAUGAGGAUAGUUCCAUACCACCGGAAAUUCGUCUUAGAAUGUCUAUAAACCCGAGAUCCAAGGUGGCUCAUAAUCUGCGACCUCUAAAAUCUAUUCACUCAGCAAUUGACGAUAUCCAUUGCAUUAAGUUCCCAAGCCACCUUGGUGUAAUGGUACCGUGUCCAAAAAAGCGUACAUCCGAAGAAUUUACGGGUGGCAGUAUUUUACACGUAAUGAAUAAAAGGCCAACUCUAUAUCCCACGCCACUCAAAAUAGUGGCAAAACCAAUAACACAUCCUAAUAACGCCAGGUGCAAUGAUGCCGAACCAAUAAUGUUCCAAAAUCAAUCCACUGUCAACACUGUAUGGAUACACUGCAAACGUGUUGCCAAGUAGCCUGGGUUUCAGAGAGCUGGACUUCAGUGCAAAUUAGAUACAAUUGUAAA